CUUUAAAAAUCCCUUUGAAAAUCAAAAAAAAAAGAAAAAAAACAGUUUAAAAAAAACCCGCAAUUAUAGUUAGUUAUCCAAUUAUCUAAAAGUGUAAAAUUUGUCAUAUAUUUCUUUCUUUCUACUUCUUUCCUUUAUUUUAAAAAAAGAAAAAAGGUUACGUAAUAACUAUGAUGUUUAAAAGAUCAACGUCAACUCCAAUAAGGCCUGUUGCUCCUGUAAUAGAAGAGCCAAUUGCUCGGUAUCAACAACAAUUACGACCUGGACCUUUGUCAUCACCAAGUAUAUUACCUUUUAAUCUUGGAUCAACUAUUGCAAACCCCGUAGAUGGUUCAGAAUAUCAUUUGAUCCAACCUCUUGGUAAUGGUUCAUACGCCGUUGUAUAUAUGGCGCAAGAAAAAAAUACCGGCAAAUUUUACGCUCUUAAAUGUUUAUCAAAGGCUAAUUUAUCAGAUUAUCAUUUAGAGAUACAACAUAAUGAGGUACGUAUUCACGAGCGACUGUCACAUCCUAAUAUAGUGAAGCUUGAUCAUUAUUUCGAAACACCUGAUUGGCUCUUCCUUGUACUUGAAUAUUGUGAAGGUCAAGAUUUAUAUUAUUGGCUAACACAAAAUAAUGAUGCCAAAGAUCCAAUUACUGGUAAACUGUUGUCGGAAAAAGAACGUAUGGCAAUGGUGAAGGAUGUCUUUCUACAAAUAUUAGAUGCGGUUGGUUAUUGUCAUAAAAAAGGUGUGGCUCAUAGAGAUUUAAAACCCGAGAAUUUUAUUGUCAUGAUCAAGAAUGAUAGUGAAUUUAAAGGCAUUCAAGUUAAGCUAACGGAUUUCGGUUUAGCUACUGAUGAAGAAGAGUCAGUUGAUUUUGAUUGUGGAUCUAAGCCUUAUAUGAGUUAUGAAUGUCGAAAUUCUACAAAUGGUACAUAUAAUCCACGCCUAGCUGAUAUAUGGUCAUUAGGAAUCAUAUUACUUAACAUGUUAUAUCAUCGUUCACCAUGGGCUGAUCCUAACCCUGAAGAAUGUAAAGCAUUCACUAUGUUUCAACUCGACAAGUCCAACUUCUUGAUGGAUAAGUUUUUAACCAUGCCAAGAAAUGUCGCUCGAUUUUUUGCUUUUCGCGUGUUUUGUAACGCAGAAGAGGGUCGAAUUAGUAUCAAAGAAUGGAGGAAUUGGCUCGAUAAAUUUGUAGAGAGAAUAUCAGAUGAUAAUAUCGAACUUGAUGAUGUGUUUGAUGAUAUGUCUCAAGGAUUUACUAGUUCAUUAUCAUCAAUUUCAAAAGAGAGUACUUCCUUUUCUCAGAGACAACGUGGACAUGAUCGUCAACAAUCAUGGUCAGAUGUGGUUGGAGAAUUUGAAAGUGAAAUGACUAAUAAUCGUUACUCAUCUAAAAAAACUUCACAAAAUGUUAACCCGGUUGAAGCUAAUGUAAAACUCACUAAGAAAGAUAGAGAUGAUGAAAGUCAAGUAGAAAGUGCCAAUAAUAGUGACGCCGAUUCUGGUUUUGGUACAGAUGAAGAAGUUAAUAAUAAUAUUAUAAAGAGACUUAAAGAACAUGGAGGAGCGAUGAGCGGAAGUUCAAAUCCUAUAUCUGUAUCUCCACCAAAAAUUAUCUAUUGUAAACCUAAACCGUGGGGCGAUUAUAGAUCUCGCGGACAUCAACGAGAAAAUUCAAUAGAAAAUGGUUCAACGAUUUCUAAUACAACAAAUAAUAACCAUUGGACUUCUUAUAAUCAACGUCGUGAGCGCUUGGAACAAAGACGUAAAGAAAAACAGGAACAGACAUUAAAUUCUUUGGGAGCUUACAGACGUCGUGGAUCAUUGAGUACAGAUGUUAAUGACUCUAAUCGUCCCUCUAUUGAUAAUGUUACUCCUCGUAGAAGACCUCAGCGGCCUUCAAAUCUGGGUCAAGAAAGUAUUUAUACUGCUCCUCAAAGAAGAAAUGUACAAACAUCUAGAUCACCACCUCAAUUAUUUAAAAACGACAUUGUAUAUAGUCCUUGGAUUUUCUGAUUGUUUCUUCACAUAUUAUUAAAAGACCAUUGAAAUCAUACUUUUACAUAUUAAUGUUGGUAGAUUCUUACUUGAUGAAAAUAAAAAUCUGCUUUGACAUUAAUAUGUCCAGGUUUUUUAGGUUUCUUAGGUUUCAUUUGUUAUAUUUUUUUUUUCCUUUUCCUUUAUUUUUCAGAUAGUAGAUAAAACAUUUUUUUCUUUCAUUAGUUGUCCAAAAAGUGCUUUAAAAAAAAAAAA